GGGAGUAAGAUGACAUUAUGCUUUAUCAGAAUGGAACAAAAGAAAUUAUCAAUAUACAUUUUCCUUUGCAUGAUGACACAUCAAGCGUAUGCCGUAUGUGACUUACACUCGCCAUUUACUAUCUCGGAAACAGCACCAAAUGGCACUGUUAUUUUCAACACCACCAAACCUCCGGGAACACCUGUGUCGUUUACCAUUAAAAGUCCAACACAAGGAGGUGCCGGCGCCGCAUUGAGGGACAGACUUUUGUUAAUUAAUGGUAACACAACCUUUCAACUGAUAAAUACGAAAGUCCUAGAUCUGGAACAGUUCAUUCUCGCGUAUGGAGCGGAUAUAAGAGCUAUAGAGUUUAUGGUCACAUGUGGAGGUAGUACUAUUGAAGUGUUUGUAAACGUUGCCGCAGUGAAUGAAUUUCCUCCAGUUUUUAAUAACGCCCAAUACAACGUGACACUGAAUGAGUCUCUGGCUGUGGGUUCAUUAGUUUUUUCCCUGAGGUCAAAGGUUACUGAUGCUGACGUCGUUGGUGCUAAAAACUACAUUUUUGCCAUUCAGAAGUAUGAGUUUAUUGACUUUGACGGUGCAGCCUAUUUCAAUAUCCCAUCACCAAUGACAGGGGACAUAACUCUGUCCAAGAUGCUUGAUUUUGAUACCAUGGAAAAGAGCGAACUUUUUCUCAAUUUGAGUGUAUCUGAUGAGCCUCCAUCGAGUCCUACAGCCAAGACAACUUAUACCACUUUGGAAAUACACGUAGCAGAUGUCGAUGAUCAGCCUCCAUACUUUGACUACCCUGAUUGUCCCCCGCCUUGUCCAGCGCCACCAUAUGUUUCUAUAAUACGCCUGGCACACAAAGGCCCUCUGUCAGUGACACCAGACUUAAAAGGGAAAAUGUCCGACACUCUUGAAACUCCUCUAGUGUAUUCAAUUAGAGCUGGAAACAGGCAUAAUUUAUUUAACAUUAACCCUGCGACCGGCGCUGUGAAUCAAAUCAGAUCAGUAAAUGAUGCAGGCCUACCUGACAAGGAGUUUAGACUCAUCAUUGAGGUUAAGAAAGACAUACCGAGCAAAGAUCUUUCUUCGAUUGCCAUAUUGACAGUCAAAGUAUAUGAACGGAUGGAUAUCUGAUACAGAUGGAUGUAUUAUACCGCCGGCUGAAAACGCCUCAGAAGAUAAAGGGUUUAACCUGACAUUGUUUCUCAUUGCCCUCGGCAUUCUUUCAGGAAAUCGCAGCAUCUUCAUAUAGCAGUUGACAUGUACGUGCGUAUGUGCGUGCUCACAUAUGUGCCCGAUGCAUCUAUUAUGAUCUUAUAAAUGUUUCAAUUUUAUUAAAUGAAUUUAAUAUCUGCCUUAUUUGUAUGAAUAUUGAUGUGGAAAUUCCAAUAUAACGGUACCAUGAAAGAGGAAAGCAAGUUUUAGUACUUGUUGCGAGCUAUGGAUAUGUUUUGUUUUUGUCGUUUCACACAUACUGGGUGACAAGGACAAUUUAUUAUGUGUUUGUAUUUUUGCUAUGUGAUAUGUUUUAUUUCUCUGCAUUUCACUUUGAUAAAAUAAAACUGGUUUGUAACAGUUAAGACCGGUAGUAAGCAAUUAAUAUAUAACAAGGAAUCUGUACUAUUUUUCGUUUUGUUCAUUUACAGCAUGAAAUAUAGCAAAAAUAGUCUGAGAUAGUUCAAUUAUCUACUCGUUUUGUUUUUCGCCAUAUUCUGAAUAUAAUACAUGUAUAAACAAAUAUGUAAAUAGUUGGUUAACCUAAUAACUGUACUUUUUUGAACUUCUUGCAUGAUGAAUAAAGAGUUAAUAAAGUUUCAAGAUAUCUGACCCCUAUCCUCUUGUCACGUGUUCAA